CUUAUCAAUUAGGCCCUGGUCCUGGAUAAUCAUCUAAACAACGGCCCCUCUGUAUAAAUACGUCCACCUUGUCCUUCAACAGCCCUCUUUACUCCAUCCCACUUCACUCUACUCUUCCCAGCUGAAAACGCAUACCCAACCCCAACUCUACUCUCGCAAACGAAACGCAGCAGCACACCAUGUCCGUCCGCCCAGAGAACACCUUUGCUCACACUACCCUCGAUGCCCUUGUCAAGAUUGACGAGCAGAUUGCGCAUCUCAAGGACAACGCAUACACCAAGGCUGCCAGCCCUGAGCGCUUCAACACCGCCAAAGCUGGUCUUGAGGCCAAGGGCUUCAAGGUCACCGUUGCCGAGAACAAGGACGAUGCUUUUGAGAAGCUGAAGACCCUCAUCCCCGCUGGCGUAUCUUUGAACGUUGCUCACAGCACCACCCUCGAGGAGCUUGGAUUCAUCAACUACCUCAUGGGCGAGACCCCCUACGACAACGUCCGCACAAAGAUCCUCGCAGAGACGGACCCCGCCAAGCAGGCAGAGCUCCGUCGCGUCCUCGGCACCACCGUCGACUACUUCCUGACCUCGAUGUGCGCCAUUACUGAGGACGGUAUCAUGGCCCACGGCGAUUUCUCCGGCUCGAAGGUCGGCGGUGUCGCCUUUGGAGCUAAGAACGUUAUCGUCGUCGUUGGAUCUAACAAGAUCGUCAAGGAUGAAGCCGAGGCUCAGAAGAGAAUCGAUGAGCUCUGCAUUCCCUUUGCUAGCGCCUUUUCCAGAGAGGUCUUCAAGGCCCCUGGCACUGUGAUGAGCAACUACCAGGUCAUCCGCCAGGCUAACCCCUUCAACCCCGAUCGCAUCCAGGUCUUGCUCAUCAACGAGGCUCUUGGUGCUUAAAGGAAAAGACUAGAUACUUGUCUCUCUCCUAUCCACCCUCUAUUUUCCUCCUAAUAUAGCAUCUUUUGUACGCAUUAUAAC